AUGGAGGAUGCUACUUUAAAUAGAGAACCAGUCAUGCGAAUUGGGUAUUUUUUUCAUUUGACAAGAACUGCAACCACUGACACAUUGAAAGAAACUUUUGACCAGUAUGGCUCACAACCAUUAUUUGUGUUGACGCGGUUUGAUGAGAAAGAAAGUGGCGUGCAGACAAGUGCGUACGUCAUCCCUACUAAAGAAAAUUUAUUGG